AUGGAUCUUUGUAAGAAAAAUCAACAAAUAAGGAAUAAACAAGUAUUUUCUCAUACGUGUGGUGCCAAGUCUUUGACAAGGAGAAGACAUGAAAUAAUUAUUGAGACGAGUAAGACUAUUGGUCGGGGUCAAAUGUGGAACGUGGCCCAUAAAAAGAAAGAUGAGAGCUAUGUGAAUGAAAAAGCAAAGGAGAUGGGGGAAAAAAUUGAUAGUUACUUAAAUCAAAAUCUUAAGGCUUCUUCUGAAAUUUCUUCAAAUGAUAUUGUUGGAAAGGUAUUCGGAAAAGAGAAUCUUGGCCGUGUUCGAGCAAUGGGCAUGGGAGUGGUUCCUACUACUGCUUUUAAACAAACCAUUACACGACUUAGGGUUUCAGAGGCAGAAAGUGAGUCUUCAUCAUCUAAUUCCAUAAGAAGAUCAUUAGAUAUAAGCAAUACCCAUGAUGCAAAUCACCAAAGUCCUUCAAAUGACACAUGA